UGGUGGCAGUUCCUAAUAAACGUCGUCAGAAAAAAGACCCUGUGAAAACGGUUCGUCUUCAAAAGGAACCUGUAAAUGAUCAAGAACAACCAGUUGUUGAAAAAGAUACUGCUGAUCGAUCUCGAUCAACAAACUUUUAG